AUGAAACCAAUUCGACUUGCACUAUUUUUUGAUCUGCAAACAAAAGACAUGCAAAUAUUUUCAGAAGAUGAAAGACAUAGUACCAUUUCAGAAGCAUGUAUAGAGUAUCUUGAAUUAGCUACCAAUUAUUAUGAAUCAAAUAAUUUAUCAGAUGCAGCACCUAGUGACAUAAAUAGUGAAGAUAUUUUUUCUAGUCCCAUGGCUCAAGAACAUUCAAGCCAAAAUGACAAUAACAUUGCUAACCAUGAAUUUAACUCCUAUUUAUUAUUACCAAGAGUUCAGGGUGAAACAGACAUACUUCAGUGGUGGGCUUCAAGAAAAGCUGACUAUCCUAUACUUGCAAAACUUGCACGCAAGUGCCUUUCUAUUCUGGCUAUGUUGGUAACAUCCGAACAUCUUUUUUUAUCAGCGGGUCUUACCAUCACUGAAAAAAGAAUACAUCUUAAUUCACAAUUCGUUGAAUCAGUUUUGCUCCUUAAAGCAGCUCUCAAGCUUUGGCCCAUGUCACAUAUUUUUGGCUAG